UUACUGUGAGCUGGAGAGUGUCUUGUGGGGAGAUGACAGCCGCUUGCAGUGCGGUGUCGUGAACCGGCUGAUAGCAGAGGUGUCCCAUGACCUGACAGCUGACCAGGGCGUGACGGAAAACACGAAGAUGGCUGCUACUGAUGUCCUGGUGGCGCUGGCCUGCUCCCACUUCAGCUUUGUGAUAGCCGAGCUCCAGGCCCUGUUGAAGGCCCCAGGCGAGAUCUCCAAGGAGUUCGUGCUCAUCACUGUGGGCAAACUCAUCAGCAUCCACGCCCUGCAGUGCAUCCCCUUCAUGCGCGUGAUGCUGUUGGGCCUGCGCACCGUGGUGGCCCAGUUAGGGAGCGGCCCGAUCCUUCGUGUCGCCUGUGGUGUUGUGGAGCAAUGGACAAAAGGGGUCAACAUGUACAUCUGCACCUGGAAAGGAUGCCCCUUGCCUGCCACGGAGAAAGAGCAGAUAUACGAAAACCUUUCCCAGGUGUUCUGCUCUGUGGCAAGAAACUGGCUGGACUGCCAGGAGGAAGAGGACAAGCAGGCCGUCAUCAGGGCCAUGACUCCAUUGAUGUGCAUCCUCCUGCAGAAGGAGGAGCACCGGGAGCAUGUCUGGGAGCAGCUUCUCUGGCUCCUGCACCAGUAUCGGACGGUCCAAGACACCUCCAGGGUGACCAAGAGCCUCAUUUAUUUCCUGAAGGCCUUGGAGCAAGUUCAGACCCUCAUCCCCAGGGGCAAGUGUCUUGCCAUCAGCAGGGUUGUGUACAACGAGCUCACUGACGACACCAAAGAGCACAGCCAGGACCAUAAGGCAGAGCUGAUCCAGUGCAUCCUGCUGCAAGCUCGGAUCUGCCCAGAGGAGACGAUCCUGUUCCUUGAGUCCCAGCUGGGCCAUGAGAGGGAGGCCAGGCGCGUCGCAGCCCUGGGUCUGCUUGGUGCUCUCGCACACCGUGAUGGUCAGUACCGGGGUCAGGGCUUUGAGGGCUCUCUUCCGCCCUCUGGGCUGUGCCUCCAUGCAUGCCUCGCUGUAUCUCUUGCAGAGCCCGCGACGACAGAGAAGCUGCCCCGGGUUUUGGAGGCUGUCAAGUGUGUGUGCAGGGACCCCAGCACCCGGGUGAGGAGGGCAGUUCUGCACUUCAUCAGGGAGCUGCUCAGUGCCAAUGCCCAGAGCUGUUCAGCGUGGGACGUUGUGGGAUACAUCUUCAGCGAGUUCAGCCAGAGCUCGAGCAGAAGGGCUACCGGACUCCUGUCUGCCCAGGAAGCCCAGGAAGAAGGAGAGCUCCAAGGGCUGUGCAUGGACGUCCUGGGGUCACUGGACAUCUCUGUGAGAGGGAUGGCCAAACUCCUGUGGCCGAGGCUGCUGAUAUAUGUGUUACCAGCCAAGUACACGGGCAUGCUGAUCCCCCUCUCCCGCUGUCUGCGAGCCCUGGCUGAGAGAAAUGAGAUAACAGCGGAGUGUGAGCAUCAAGAAUGGGAUCCCGAUGUCGUCAACUCCCUGUUGCAAGAGACAUCGCUGACUCCACAUAACUUGCUGGCUCACCUGCUGGUGGUGGCGGGGUCUCCUUUUCCGGGCAGUGAACUCCAAGCUGCUGCCUUGCUGGUGAUGCAGAGCCUCCACAGCAGGAUCCACGGAGCUGUGGGGGCCAUGUGGAACACCGAGAUUCCCCUGCUGCUGCAGUACCUCAAGGGAGAAAAUGAGAACAUCCCGGACUCUGCAGAGUGGGAGCGCCGUCUGCUUAAGUUCCUGAGGGCAUCACUGGAAACCAUCAAGGACAACGCCUGGAUCAAGCGCCUGAGCUGUGAGCUGAGCCAGCGGCUGGACAGCUCUCCCACUGGCUCUGGGGAGAAGGUCAGUUCCCUGCCCAGCUCUCCCCCAGCAGCACAGCCACGGGGCGCCCACCUGUGGGGCUGGGGCUGCAGGCAGUGCACUGCCCACGAGGGCUGUCUGUGCUGCUUCCCUGGACCUUGCCCCCCAGUCCUUUCCCUCUGUGCUGAGAGGGGCUGGCUAAAGCCCAUCCCUGCGUCCGGUCUCAGCUGCUCCCCGUGCGCUGGGGCCUUCUGGCCCCGUUCCAGCAUGCCAGGCUGUUGCUUCCUCUCGGGCUCGGCUUUUCCCUUCCAGGCUUUCCUGUACAAGGCUCUUGGGACAACACUGGGAGCUUGUCAGGAACUCCCACACGUCCAAGAGAAGCUGCUGCAACAUCUGCAGAAAGCAAAACCUGAGGUGCCAUCUGAGGCCCAGGGAAUCAUUUCUCUCGUCUGCCAAGCCGCCGAGAGCCAAUUCCACCUGGUCUUGGAGACCUUCACGGCAUUUGCUGCCACACUGUGCAACGUCAGGUGUUCUAGGGUUUCCAGACGCAAGAAGAUGACCCAGGCCAGCCAGAGUGCUCAGGCCACUUGCAAUGCUGUCAUGCUCGCCUACAGCAGCAUGGCAGUGCGUGCCUCCAAGGAACAACUGCUCACCCACAUGGAGACAGACUUUGUGGGCAACAUCCUGCUGGUCUACAGCUCCAGUAGCCAGAACUUGCAGAAAAAUCUCACCCUGGUGCAGAGCAUCACCGAGGUUGGCUAUGCCAUCCAAGCUGUGGGUGACUUCAGCAGCUUUAAUACCGUCCUGAAGCAAAAGCUGCUGCUGAUCCUGAAGGACUUGAUGAAGAAGACCAUCUGGGAAUUCCCAGCAUCAUCACUGCACCUGAAGGUGAUUCAGGCCCUGGAGCAGUGGAGCAAGCUGAAGAUCUCUUAUACCAGGAAGGAAGUGAUCAGCCUGCUGUCUGACUGCUGCCAGUCCAUCCUGCCACUUCCUUCAGCGGCUGAGCAGGUGGAGGAGAUAGGGAAAGCAGAGGUGGCAGUGCUGCAGCUACAGUCUCUGCACAUGGCCACAAAGGCUCUGGGCCGGUUCAUGGCAGUCCUGCUCAAGACAAAAGCAACCACUGUCGUCUUCAUAGACAUCGCCCAGGUCCUGUGGUCCCGGCUCUCCUCGGUCGAUCCGUGGGAGCGCAGGAGGGCCCUGCAGGUCUGCGCCCAGCUGCUGGCGGAUUACAGAGAUGGACUCACUUUUCAGACAAGAAGGAUCUACGUGCCGUUUGGCUCCUUGGUGGGAUUGUUGGGGCCUCUGACCUACGACCCCGUGACCAGCUCCCGCCAGCUGGCUGCUGCCUGCCUCAGCUCCCUUCUCCACAUCCAAGCCAUCGCCACAAAUAGGGUGUUCGAGACAGACGACCCUGCGAGCUUCUGUGAGGGGCUGAGUGCUCGGAGCACCACAUCUCAGCAGUUCCAGACCUCUGCCAAAAUUGUAGAGAUUGUUUGCAGAAACUUCCCCAAAGAACAGGCUGCAGAAUUCAUGACUGCCAUCAAGGAGACCUUCCGGCUUGCCAGAGGAAGACGUGUGCGUGCUGCAGGGAACUGGAUGAUCACCUUUCUGAAAAUACGUGGAAGGGACAUUCUUCCAGAUGUGCCAGCAGUUCUCUCCAUCCUGCACACCUGCACAUGGUCCAUGCUGCAGACCUCGUUCAUGUACUUCGUGCAUGAUGCGGUGCUGAUCCUGGCCCGCUAUCACGAGGCGCUCACCACAGAUGUCAUCAUCCAGAAGUUUGUGCCUAUGGACAGAUACGUACUGGAGCUGUGGAGGACUCUGGGGAAAGACAGCAUUGGCAUCUGUGUGCUGAAGCACUUAUCGGAGAAGCUGAAGAGAGUGGGAUACAACAGCUUCGAGCCCAGCUCGCGCAGUCGCAGGCUGGAUGUCCACCAGCCUUCUCCGGAGUCCUUGGCUGUCACCUGUGCCAUCUCAGAAGUGGUGUCUGUGCAGCACGAGGAUGGGGUCCAGAGCUUGCUUCCCUCCCUUGUGCCCGGGCUCCUGCUGCAGGUCAGCAAGGUACUGGGGGAAGAGAUGCUGUUUGUGCCCCUGAGCCCCUGGAGAGGGCUCUCUGAGGAUCAGCAGCAAGAGGACAAUGUGUGCAGGCCUUUUUGCAAAACUCUAAUGUCAGUGCUGAGCAAGUGCACUGAGAAGAACUGGCUGACGCCGUUCUGGAUGCAAAAAAUGUCGGCGAUGCUGGAGAGCCCCCGCACUCAUGCCGAGGGCGUGUGCCUCCUGACGAGUGUCCUGGUCCGUGCGCAGCUCAUCUCACAGGAGCUGAUUGAGAGCUUCUCCCAGUGGCUGGACUGCCCAUCAGCAAACCUGCAGCUGACGGCCAUGGCUUUCUUUGCUGAGCUGAUGAAGGACCCACCUAUUGAGGGGAGGAACAUCCUGAAGAUUCUCCGGGCCUUCACUGAGAAAGCACAGCACCGAAGCAGCACCAUAAGGCAGAUGGCAGCGAGAGCUCUGGGCAACGCAGUCAGCAGCGUGCCCGUGGAGGUGCGCAAGCACAGGAGACCUGUUGUACAGGUGCUGCAACAGAGCCUGGCGGACACUGCCUGUCCCGAGGUGGUUGCAGAAAGCAUGGUGGCGCUAGCUGAGCUCGUGAGGGUGCUGCAGGCAGUGAACUUGGGAUCGGCCUUUGAAGACAUCGCCAGGUCCACCAAGAUGUUCUUCGAGUCUGAAGUAGAGUACCUUCGCUACUCGGCCUUCCGCCUCUAUUCAGUCCUGGCCUCCUCAGCCUCGACCAAGCGGUCGUUCUUCGCCGGAGAAGUGGCAGAAACAUGGGUCAGCCUUCUCCUGCACCUCCGGGAUCCCGACUUUGCAGUUGCUAGCAUGUGCAAGAUCACCUUCAGUCUCUGUGCUUCAUUUAUGGGGCUGAGUCGGGUGCAGGAGAUCACUGAUCUCUCCAAGAGGCUGGGUGCAAACGAGCUGCAGUAUGAGGUCUGCAGACACCUGGUAAGUAAGCUGUGCUCUGGCAAGACAUCAGGGCCCUGCGGCCCUGCCCUGGCUCCCAGAGGGGAGUGUGUGGUGACGCAUGUGGGGCUGGCCGGGACUAGGUGGCCUUCCCUCCUGGCCACCUGCUGCCUCUCACCUUCCCCCUGCGACCCACCCAGCCAGCUGGCUGAGGGUCAGCAGAAGACACCUUUUCGGACCUACGUGAACUUGUGCAUUCCCGUCUUUCCCUAGGCCAGAUAUGCCCCCGCCAUGUUGGAGAGGCUCCAUACCAUAGCCAGGAGAGGCUGCCUAGAGAACGGUCAGAGGCUGCACACAUCGGCCGUCAAAAUCCUUGGUGAGAGCCUGCACUGGAAAUUACCACUCCUUUUCC